CACUAACUUUUCCAUCGCUAGUGUCCACGCCCAUGUUCAUACUUGCAUUGAAUUCGUUUCACGCCCCAAAUCUGACUCUUUCCAUGUCCAGUUAGAGUGAGCGUCUCGGUCCCUCCUACUACCCCUGCCAACGGUUUCUUAAUUCUUCACCUUAUGGCUUCUGCUCACUUCAAUCUCUUUAAAAUGUGUUUCUGAACAAAAGAAACUUAUAGAAAUAUAAAAUUUGAAUUGGUGUGCGCCUUUUUUUGGAGAAAUGGGUUCGUGUGUUUCGGUGCACAAAAGUCGGAAAUUAUCAGCUUUGAAGCUCCAUCUGUCAAUGCGGUCGAAAAAUGAAAAAUCUGUGGCACCAUCGCCUGUGAAAGAAAAGCCGGCGGAGGUUACCGGAGGUGAGAUAUUGAUAGCUAACUUGGCUCUUAAGUCUCAGUGGUCACCGGCUUCCCCCACCACCCCGUUUCGUGACUCUGGUAGUAAAGGGGAAACCUUCUUUGAUUCCCAACCUUGGUUAGAGUCUGACUGUGAAGAUGAUUUCUACAGUGUCAAGGGCGAUUUUACUCCAUCUCGUGGAAGCACUCCAGUGCACCACAGUUUUGCUGUGGGGACCCCUCCAGUGAAUAGGACUAUUGUACUAGAGGGAACCCCGGGUACAGUACUUCCGGAAUCUCCUUCAGAAAAGAAAAAGAGACUUUCUGAACUCUUUCAAGAGAGGUUACGAGUUGAUCACGAUAUAGAUGAGCAAAAUACUGCAGACAACAAAAAUGGGGUUGCUGCAAAAACCAAAGCCGAGGCAACCAACUCCAUUCUACCACCAAAAUCUGCAAGUGGAACCCCUUGUGCUUCUGGCGCUGACUCUGGGUACAGUAGCGAAAGAACUCCCAAUGCAGCUCUUAUAAGAGCGGAGGACAAAUCCAUGAAGUCUGCAGAAUGUUGUAUUCCAAUGUUUUGUUCAAAUCGCAGCUUUAAUGAAGGGAAGAAGAAGAUGAGCCCAGCCCAUAGCGUUAAGUGAUGGAUGAAUUUAGACUUUAUAUGCUGAGAGUCAAGAUCCUGAAACUCUUCCCUCUACUAAAUCUAUUAUUUUGCUGCAAUUUUUUGUGAUUUGCUAUAGUAGAAAUAGUAUUUUAUUUACUUCUUUUCGACUCGAGUCAAAUUGGAAAAUGAUGUAGGUGCUGUGGGCCGUUGGGUAACUAGCCCCAGCUUAUUUUGUCGCAGUGAAGGAAAAUGAAGGAAAAAUACGAAAAUAAUAUCAGUACGACAUGUGGAGAAAGAAAGAAGUCA